GCUCCUCAAAAUGUUUAUUUAAAACUUUUGUUGUAUAAUAUAAAAUACUUCUAAAAAUAUAUUUUGAUCUAGUAUUUCUUUUAACAAGAAAUUAUCGAUAAUAAAUUGUUUUGAACAACUUUCCUAUAAAAGUGAGAGGUGGGUAGAGACACUUGGGGUGUAAACUGCAAAGAUGAGUGGCAUCCACGUGAUCAUCUCAAAAGUGAUCCAUCCAUACCUCCCACGCAUGCUUAAUCAGAAAGACAUCAUCUAUACAUAACAAGACCAAUUCCAAAGUGAUUAUUGUAAACCACUUUAACUUUUUUUGUAUAAUGGUCACUAAAGAUGGCAGCUUUAUGUCACACUUGUUUUACAUACAAAAGAUAUUAAAGAGAAGACUUUUUCUUCAAAUAUAUAAAAGAGAAAAAAAAUGGAGUUUGGUGAAUUCAGGAAGGCUUUGUGUUGUGACCUAGAGAACCCAUGACUCUUACUCGCACUAACUCAACUCUGCCCUAUAUGGACGCAAACCUGGAACGUUUAGGCGACUUAGUUUUAGGGUUGGGAGCAAAUGUAGUUACUAUUCUUCUGAUUUUGAUACUCACAGUAACGAGAAGGAGUGGUACAUGUAACACAAGGAAAAGCUACAUUGAGAAAAGUGUAUUGUAUGUAAUACCUGCACUUGGAGCAUGUUUGUCUUGCGUGGACCUUGUGGUUCUUGUAAGGACAAAGCCUAGGAGAGACUUCACUCUUUGCUUUGUCCCUCUGUCUCGUUUCGCAAUGUGGCUUGCUGUCAUGCUCUCAUCGAAGUUUUCAUGUGCUUGCUGUGUUUUCACUAGCCGGAUCCUAUGUUUCUGGUGGAUCUUUAGAUUCCUAACGGAAGCCUUUCAUCUCAAUGUGAUCUUCACUUUACAGACGUUGGAGAUUUGUAUGAUCAUGUUGGACAUUGCUUUUGGUAUCUCUAUCAACGUCCUUAGGAUAAAGCAAACACCUCCUAAGAACAGCUCUUUGGAAGAUCCACUCAUUGAGGAAGCUGAUGAUCAAAGAAACAUUGAGAAAGCUAGCAGCUGUUGGGAUCUAUUCACUUUUGGAUACAUCGGUUUAGUAAUGAAACAUGGCUCCAUGAAGCAGCUAGAAUUCGAAGAUCUACUUCCACUUCCUCUUGAUAUGGAUCCUUCUACAUGUUGUGACAAUUUACUGAGAAGCUGGCAGCUUCAAGAGUCUAACAAUUUCUCAAAUCCAUCACUAUUCUGGUCAAUCUCUGGUGUUUAUGGAUGGCCAUACUUUCGUCUUGGACUCUUGAAGGUGUUCAAUGAUUGCAUAGGCUUUGCAGGCCCCUUAUUACUCAACAGACUUAUCAAAUAUCUUGAAAAAGGUUCAGGAAAUUCCAUUGGCUAUACCCUGGCUAUCUCCUUGGGACUCACAUCUAUCUUUAAGUCAUUUCUUGAUACACAAUACACAUUUCGUCUUUCAAAGCUCAAACUGAAGCUCCGGUCUAGUAUAAUGAGUGUCAUCUACAGGAAGUGUUUGUGGGUGAACACAGCAAGCAGGUCAGGAUUUUCUGAGGGAGAGAUACAAACAUUUAUGUCGGUAGAUGCUGACCGCAUUGUAAACUUGUGCAACAGUUUGCAUGAUAUGUGGAGCCUGCCUUUGCAAAUUGGGAUAGCUUUGUAUCUUUUGUAUACUCAAGUCAAGUUUGCUUUUCUCUCUGGACUUGCAAUUACCAUCUUACUGAUACCAGUGAAUAAAUGGAUAUCUGUGUUGAUUGCGUCUGCAACUGAGAAAAUGAUGAAGCUAAAAGAUGAGAGGAUAAGAAAGACAGGAGAGCUUCUAACAAACAUCAGGACACUGAAAAUGUAUGGAUGGGACAACUGGUUUGCUGAUUGGUUGAAGGAGACGAGAGCCACCGAAGUGACUCACUUAGCGACGAGGAAGUAUUUGGAUGCUUGGUGUGUUUUCUUUUGGGCAACAACACCAACUCUGUUCUCUCUUUGCACGUUUGGUCUCUUUGCACUGAUGGGUCAUCAACUUGAUGCAGCAACGGUUUUUACUUGUCUUGCUCUGUUUAAUAGCUUAAUCUCUCCAUUAAACUCGUUUCCAUGGGUCAUCAAUGGCCUGAUUGACGCCUUUAUAUCAACCAGGCGUGUGGGCAAGUUUCUACGUUGUUUGGAGCAUAAUAAAGAUUCAUCUACAGAUACUGGUUUGAUCUCUGAAGACUUAGCUGUGUUUGUAGAAGAUGCAUCUUGUACUUGGUCAAGUAACGUUGAAGAGGAACAUAACUUGACAAUAAAACAUGUAAACCUGAGAGUGCCAAAGGGAUCAUUUGUUGCAGUUAUUGGUGAGGUUGGUUCAGGUAAAACAUCACUGUUGAAUUCACUAUUAGGAGAAAUGCAGUGUGUUCAUGGAUCAAUACUACUAAAUGGGUCUGUGGCAUACGUUCCACAGGUCCCAUGGAUAUUAUCUGGAACUGUACGCGAAAACAUUUUAUUUGGCAAGACUUUUGACUCAAAAAGGUAUCUGGACACAUUGAGUGCUUGCGCACUAGAUGUGGAUAUUUCACUUAUGGUCGGAGGUGACAUGGCAUUUAUAGGCGAUAAAGGAGUAAACUUAUCCGGAGGACAGAGAGCUCGUCUUGCUUUGGCCAGGGCUGUUUAUCAUGGUACAGACAUGUGUUUUCUUGAUGAUGUACUAAGUGCAGUAGAUUCACAAGUAGGCUCUUGUAUCUUGCAAAGAGCACUUUUGGGUCCUCUGUUGAAUAAAAAGACUCGCAUUAUGUGCACUCACAGCGUUCAGGCGAUAUCUUGUGCAGAUAUGGUUGUUGUGAUGGACAAAGGAGAAGUGAAAUGGUCUGGAACCGUUACCGACAUGCCUAAGUCCAUCUUCCCAUCAAUGUCAUCAUCCAAUGAGUUUGAUAUGUCAUCCUCAAAGCACUUGACCAACAAAAGAAAAGAAUCUCUUACCAUCAAGAAAGAUGAUGUAGAUGAAGUUAGUAGUGAAGCUGCAGAUACUGUCAAAGUGGAAGAGAGAAAAGAGGGGCGAGUUGAAGUAGCGGUUUAUCGGAACUAUGCUGUGUUCUCUGGUUGGUUCAUUACGAUUGUAAUAUUGGUCUCAGCGGUUUUGAUGCAAGCUUCCCGUAAUGGGAACGAUUUGUGGCUUUCAUAUUGGGUUGAUAAGACUGGAAGAGGAGCCACACAAUACUCAACCUCGUUUUAUCUGAUGGUUCUAUGUAUCUUUUGCUUUGUUAACUCAAUACUAACCUUGGUGAGAGCAUUCUCAUUUGCAUAUGGAGGACUAAAAGCAGCAGUACGUGUUCACAGUGCAUUAAUCUGUAGGCUUAUAAAUGCACCUAUACAGUUCUUUGAUCAGACACCAAGUGGAAGGAUACUCAACAGAUUCUCCUCUGAUCUAUAUACAAUCGAUGACUCUCUCCCGUUUAUUCUCAACAUUCUUCUAGCAAAUUUUGUUGGCUUGUUAGGGAUUGUUCUAGUAUUGUCUUAUGUUCAGGUUCUAUUCCUGCUUCUGCUUCUGCCAUUUUGGUAUAUAUACAGCAAGCUUCAGUUCUUCUACAGGUCAACAUCAAGGGAACUACGAAGGCUGGACAGUGUUUCAAGAUCACCAAUCUAUGCAUCUUUCACUGAGACACUUGAUGGAUCAGCAACUAUAAGGGCUUUUAACUCAGAGGAGCAUUUCGUAGCUAGAUUUAUUGAGCACUUGACAUUAUACCAGAGGACUUCUUACUCUGAGAUUAUUGCAAGCUUGUGGCUCUCCUUGCGUCUUCAGCUCUUAGGAGCAAUGAUUGUCUUAUUUGUGGCUGUAAUGGCUGUUAUCGGCUCCCGGGGAAGCUUUCCUAUCAGUUUUGGUACACCUGGACUGGUGGGAUUGGCUCUCUCAUAUGCAGCUCCACUAGUUUCUUUGUUAGGGAGUUUCUUAACAAGUUUUACUGAAACAGAAAAAGAAAUGGUUUCUGUUGAAAGGGUUCUUCAGUACAUGGAUGUGCCACAAGAAGAAGUCUCCGGUCAGCAAUCUCUCAGAGGUAAAUGGCCAGUUCAAGGACUGGUUGAGUUUCAUAAUGUGACAAUGAGGUACAUCUCAACUCUGCCUCCUGCACUCAACACACACAUUUCUUUUACAAUCCAAGGAGGCAUGCAGGUGGGAGUUAUAGGAAGAACAGGUGCUGGAAAAUCAUCUAUCUUGAAUGCGCUUCUCCGGCUUAACCCUGUUUGUAGUGGGGAGAUAAUGGUGGAUGGAGUUAACAUUAACCACCUUCCAGUAAGAGAGCUUCGUACUCGCCUCGCUGUUGUUCCUCAAAGCCCUUUUCUGUUUCAAGGAUCAUUGAGGGAGAACCUUGAUCCUCUUGGGAUGAGUGAAGACUGGAGAAUCUGGGAGGUUUUAGAGAAGUGUAAAGUUAAGGUAGAGGUUGAGACUGCAGGAGGGUUGGAUUCCAACGUAAAGGACUCUUUCUCUGUUGGGCAGAGACAGCUUCUUUGCCUUGCACGUGCUCUACUCAACUCAUCUAAGAUUCUAUGCCUUGAUGAAUGCACCGCUAACAUCGAUGUUCACACAGCUUCCCUACUGCACAACGCGAUCUCCAGUGAGUGCAAAGGUGUGACUGUCAUUACCAUUGCUCACCGCAUUUCUACUGUUCUUGAUUUGGACAGUAUCCUAGUUCUUGAUCGCGGAAGCCUUGUUGAACAAGGGAACCCACAACUUCUCCUGCAAGAUGAUGACUCAGCUUUCUCUAGCUUUGUUAGAGCUUCAAAGUGAACUGAUUGUUAGUUAGAAUCUGAUGAUUAGUUGUAACUUCUCAUCUUGGGUAUAAAACCCCUUGUGCUCAUGGUUUAAUGACACCAUUAGAAAGAAAAUGAUUCAGAACUUGUUUCAACUAGAGAUUGUUUUAGACUUGUCUGAGUAGCUGGACUCAAUGGUUUCAUCUAGCCCUGGGAUUUAUAUCUAAACCAAACCAAAAUUUCGGUUCAGAACCGUUAUGAGUUCGGUUCAGUUUGGUAAGGUUUUGAAUACAAUUAGGUUUUGUUUCUA